UUUGUACUCUGACCAUUUGCUGUAAUUCUUUUCAUAUAUUUGCGAUUGAAAAUUGAUAGUACGCAUUAUAGUAUAUAAUAACCUAGCAAUUUCUUAAAUUAGCUGAUACUUGUUGACAUUUAUAUCUUUCACAACUAUCGUGCUCCAGUUUUGUUAGUAACGUGGAGAAAACGAAAUCGUAAAUAUUUCCAAGGAAUAGAAUAUAAAUAUUUCAGUGAAAGUGUGAUAUACUAUAAGAUAUUUUGCAAUAUGUCUCAAAAGAAAAUUGGUGGCUCCAGUUCCAGUUCUGCAUGGAACAAAAUAUACAGUGAAAUCAAAAACAAACAUGAUGAAGCCUUCAGCACCAUUGAUCAAGCUAUAUCUCUAGAAGAACGGGAAGAACCUCUCGAGGCUAUAGAAAAGUAUAAAAAAGGUAUAAAUCUUAUAGAUGAAGCCCUGCGUAUACAGGUGCAGUGUCCUGAUAAUCCCGAUAUAACUUGGGAGAAAGCAUGCGUUAUGAUUCAAAAAAUAAAAAAAGCCAGGGCAGAAGUUUUAACGAGGAUCAACUCGAUACAGGCUUCUGCUGAAACAUCUUCUACACCUCCUGAAGAAUCACCACCAUCUUACGAAGAAGUCGUUUCAUCCUCUGAAGAUGAGGCUCCCAAAACAUAUCAGGAUUUAGCAACAGCGCUCAGAGAACUGAGCAUCGAUCCCAAUCAAAAUAUGCAGGAGGAAGUGAUUUAUACUCAUGACAAUAUCAGAGUGUAUUUCAUCUCACCAAACGGUGAAGUUACUUCAACCCGAAAUCCUGAAGUUAUGAAGAUUUCUUUAGUAGAAGGUACAGAACCAAACGCUCCAAAGGCUGUGCUACAAAUAGGAACUUGGGUUUAUCCUUUAGUUCCUGGAGUGUCUCCUUGCUAUCGUACUGAUUAUGGUGCUUUUAUUUUACCAGAUUUGAAUGCCACAAUACCAGGCUCUUCUGUUGGGAUACUGUUGCCUAGUGAUGCUGAUAAAGAGGUUUUCGAUUUAUUGGAGAGUAUCUUGCAUGGUAUCAUAAGUUCACCAACUGGCGAAGCAAUUGAAGAUUGGAGGAAAAGAAGGCAAACUGUAUCAACAGAUUACAGCACCAGGAUAUCAACAAAACUUGUUGACGGUGCUUGGUUCGUCUCUCAAGGUCUUAUCAGAGGGGCCCAGAAGGCGGGUGACUUUAUGAAUAGAACAACACCAAAAGUUAUUAACAACCUGCAGAGCGCAGAAAGACCUGCAAAUAUACCACCAUCAUUAUCCAGGGGUAUGGAGAUUGCUCAAACUGCUACAGGAAAAGCAGCUCAGAUUACAGAAUUUGUCGCGGAGAAAGUCGGUUGUGCUACUGUGCGUUUAGGGCAAUUUUUGGCCCCUCACAUCCAGAAGCAAGGAACGAGACUUCUAUCUAGCGGGUUUCACAUGUCCGAACAGGAAGCAUCUGACAAAAUGAAAGGAGCACUAACAGUUGCUGCAGGAGCAGUUGAAGGCUUCUCUACAAUCUACAGGGGUUUGGAGACAUCUGCCUGCAUCUUGGGGACUAACCUCAAGGAGAACACAGUCAAGAUUGUGGAACACAGGUAUGGUUAUCCAGCAAGUACCUUAACGGGAGACACACUUUCUACCGUAGGUAAUGUAGUGACCGUAGCCCACAAUGCUAAAAUUUUGACGCCUAAAGGUUUCAUGAAGCGUACCAUUAAAAAUACCGGUAAAGGUAUUGUGUACACAGGAAGUUCCCUCGGUGAUCGUUCAUCUGUCCAAGAUAUGGCUGUAGACUCUUUCAGUACGAAUAAAGGUGAUGGGUCAAGUAAUAUUACUAGUAGUGGGAGUAAGAGUUCUUUGAAAGACAAAGAAAAUGUGGACGAGUCCAAAAAAGGUUAGAAGUCUUUGGAGAUGUAAUGAACUGUCAGUUACAUCUGAAAUGGUGCGUGGUUGACAAGCAAAGUUUGUUUGAUUGUGAUACCAUUGAUUUUAAUUCGAAACUGAUUAGAAGAAGAAAAAAAUGGAGGAUUUUUUGUUCAGAUUUUUUUUAUAUUCAUUCUGCGUGAAACAUUUUCUGAAGACGAGGGAGGUAUUAAUGAUUAUUUAGUCAUCAUCAUUGUUGUUUAUUCCAUUCGGAUUAAGGAUUAUGUUUCCUUGUUUAAUAUCGUGUUCUGCGGUGGGUAAGUUCCCUUUUUCUAUAUUUAUCUUAUUCCAUAUUUAUAUAUAAAAUUUUGUUGUAAGGUACACCUUUCGAGAUAAAUAAGAAUGCAUUAUGUAAUUUGAUCUUGAUGUGGCGAUAAAUGGCCUCAAGAUUCUGUAUCAUAUAAAAAAAAUUGUAAUGUAUUGAAUUGAUGGGUUUGAUUCAAUUUAGAGGGAAUUUGUUUUGGCACUUGUUUUUAAAAAACGUUUUUUCACCAUUAGUUCAAUUAUUCAUCGCCGGUGUUUCUCCCAGAUGUGAUAAGUAGUCGUAUUAAUGUUUUAAGUAUCUUUAUUUUUGUCCUUUCACUUAGUUUUUUUUCCGAAGACUUAGUUUUCUGACAUAUCAUUUGCCAACACAAUUAUUGGAUUAUCAGUGACGGCUAGUGCAUUGGAGAGCAGGGGAGGCUUAAUUAAUUAAUCGUCACCUAUUUAAA